AUGUUUCAAUAUGAUUGUUAUCGUUCAAAAAUGCUACACAAACGUAACAAUAGUUCAGAUAAUGAUGAUAGUGAUUUCAAUAAUCGAGAUCCAGGUCGAGAAGUUAUUGAAAAAAAUACUCGAAAUCGUCUACAACGUAUUGCUAAUCAAACAAAAGAAGAAUUAAAUAUAGUACUUAAACGUGUUGAUGAUACAUUAAAUAAUUAUGAAUCUUCAGUUCAAUCAUCUUUAAUUCAACAUGGAAUGACACAUGAUGACAUGUCAAAUGUUGAACAUGUUGCUGAUAUAAAAGAAUUAGAAAAUUUAUUAAAUGAUACUUUAGCUAAAAAACGAUAUCAACAACGUGUAAUGAUUUUCAUUGUUGGACAAACCGAACAAUUAAAUGAAAAAACAAAACUACUCGAACAAAUUGGCCAAUUUUUUAAUGAACAAAAACAAAGUUUUAGUUCAAAAGAAUUUAAUAUAUCUGAUGAAAUCAAUGAAACACAAAAUGAAUUUGAUCAAACACUUAAAUCAUUUGAUGUUAAAGAUUGUUAUGUUCAUGUUAAAGAAUUAGGUACACGAUUAAAUGAACUUAAUGAAGAAAUUAUUGAACAUUUAAUUCAAAAUGCUGCAGCAAAACAACAAGCAAAAGGAAAAAAGAAAUCAGCUCAAACGCCAAAAGAAACUAAAGAACAAUUAACUAAUCUUCAAACAAAAUUAGAUAUAGCAAAUACAGAAAUUAUAAAUCGAGAUGAUAAAAUUCAAUUAUUAGAAAAUGAAAUACAAACAAAUCAAAAUAAUCAAAAAAUAUUACAUGAUCAAUUAAAUCAAUAUGAAAUAAAAAUUAAAUCUUAUAUAGAUGAUAUUAAUGAAUUAGAAAAUAAUAUUCAACAAUAUCAAAAUCAAAUAGAUAAUUCAACAAAUAUUAAAUCAGUUACUCAUCAUGUUGAUGCAAAUGAUGAAAUACAAACAUCUGACCAUUCAAAUGAAAUCAUUGAUCAUAAUGAACAGAUACUUUCUAAUAAUAUUGAAAAUCUAUCAGAUCUCAAUGUAUUAUUUAAUGUAAACGAUGGGAUUGAUUUAAAUAAUGUAACAAAUGAAAAUUUACCAACAGCAUUUGCCAAUCUACAACAAUUCGCUACUAUUCGUAUAAAAGAAUUAUUGAAAGUACUUGAAAUAAAAGAAUCGAUAAAUAACGAGAGACUACAAAAUUUACAACAAGAAUUUGACGAAUAUAAAAUAAAUUGUGAAAAAGAACAUAAUACAUUGAUAAAAAAAGCGGAUAAUGCUUAUCAAUUACAAAUAGAAGGACAAAAAACAUCAGAAGAAACAUUGAAUCAAUCACAAUUAUUCAUCAAUGAACAAGGAAAAUCGAAAAAUAAUUCAGUUAAUCAAGAGACACAAACAGAACCACGAGAUACUUUUGAAAACAUCAUUUCAUUACCGGAACAUACUAAUCCUAUAGAAGAACUAUCAAAUGAUCGCUUAUCAUCUCAUUCAACGGAUGUUAAUGAAGAGACUGAGUCCAUUGAAAAUCUUCCACAAACAUCAUUAAUCGAAGAAAAACAAACUGAAAUGGAUCAAAUUGAACAACAAGUUGAUAUUCCUACAACAUCCAGAGAAGAAAAAAUACCAUUACAAUCAUUAGAAAAUCGUAUUGAUAACAAUGACAAUGAAGAAAAUCAGUCAGUGAUCAAACAAGAUCAACAACAAUCAUCAUCAAUCGACGAUUCACGACGUUCGUCAACACAUAUAGAAAAAAUGACUACACAAAUGAUUCCAACAGAUCAAUUUAAACUUCCUUUCUUUCAUUUAUAUGAUAUAAUAUAUAAAUUUCGUCAUGCAAUAAUAAACUUACUUGACCAAAAUAAAUUUACAUCACUUGCUGAUCGUCUUAAAAUGAUUCAGCAAUUAUCAUCUGAUAAUGAUGAUAAUAAUAAUAAUAAUAAUAAUAAUAUAACAAAUGAUUUCAUUAAAAAUUCUGAAUGCGUAUUAAAAGAUACAGUUAAAAUUUUACAAACAUGUAUAACAACAUUAUUAUCUACAAUUAAAGAAUAUCAAAUAAAAGAAAAAGAAAUUAAACAUGAAUUGGAACCAAUUAAAGAAGCUUCUUUAGUUGAUAAUCAACAAACAUCAACUUUUCAAGAAAAAGAUUUGACUAUUAUUGACUUAACAACUAAAUAUGAACAUAUAACAAAAGUUUUCAAUCAAACAAAUAAAACAUAUGAAGAAAAAUUAAAUCAAAAUCAAACUCUAAUUUAUGAUCAACAAAAAUUAAUUAAAAAUCUUCGACAAGAAUUAAUUCAUCUUCAAAAACGUCUAGAAAAAAUUGAAACAGAAGGAAUUAUUGAACCAAGUAUUAUGUUUACUCGUCUUGAUGCUGAACGAAAUGAACAAACACUUCAACAAGCAGUUUAUAAAGGAAAAGUACAUGAAACAACAUGUAAUGAAUUAAACGAAGCAAUGACAGAUUAUAUUAAUUUACCAUCUCAACAAUUAAGUAAUCUUGUUAACCGAUACAUUCAAUAUCGAAGAGCAGCUGAAAUUGAACAUCGUAUUGAAAAUCAUCUUUAUGAUAAUGAAACAAAAAAUGUCUUAGAAAAAAUGGAGUUAUUAUAUGAACGACGUUCAAAUCAAAUAAGUAAAUAUAUAUCAGAUAUUCGUCAACAACGUGCUAAUUUAGCAAGAACAUUAACAGAAAAAUUUGAUUAUUUGGAAGAUGAAUCUAGUAUAUUUUUAAUACGUCCAGUUUAUUCAUAUCGAGGACGAAUUGCUGCUCAAUCUUAUAUGAAAUACGAAAAACUCCGACGAGAAGUAUUAUUAAAGGAAAACGUAAUAAAGAAACAACAUCAUCCUAGUCGACAAUCAUUAAAAUCACAAUCUGCAAAUAGUCAAAAGAUUAGAAAGCAACAAAUACCGACACAAAUAUCAUCAAUUAGUUCAUCAGAUGAUGAAGAGCCACAUUUUUAUUUCGAAAAAAGUUUUGUUCUACCACAAACAGCACCAAUUGAUCAACACAAUGAUUCAACUGAUAGUACUAUUGAUACUGAACAAAAGCCUAUUAAAUUAAAUGAAUUAUCUCGUUUACAAGAAUUUGAUAUACAACGAGCAUUAAUGCCAAUGUCUCAUGUUAGUACACCUCUUUUAUCUGCUUUUACUAAUAGUGGAAUUGAUCCAUGUGUACCAUCAUUGAAUCUACGUUCUUAUGUUGCUGUAUCAAGACCUGGUGUAGGUAAUGCUCGUAUGAGAAAACCAAGUGAAGCUGUCACUCGUAUUUCACGAGAAGAUCGUUAUACUAUAUCAGCAAAAAGUCAUGAAACAAAUCCUCGUACACCAUUCAAUUCCAGUGCUGGUGAUUUAAAACGAAUAAGUCCACCUUUACCACCGAUUAGACGAUCAUUAAUUUCAAAUAUCUCAUCUACUACUAAUGAAAAACAACAUGGUGGAUUUAUUCCAUCUCUUAGUACAAGUGAAGUGUCUACUACUAAUUAA